AUGAAAUUCAGCCUGGUUCUCCUUUUAAUUGCUGGCCUGAGCAUCUUUGCGAUGGCUCGUGCAUCAUCGAUGGAAGAAGUAGAAGAAGAAUGCGUUGGAGAGGAAAAUGGUGGUGGCUAUGAAAUGAAUGGUGGUGGUGAUGGUGGUGAUGGUGGUGAUGGUGGUGAUGGUGGUGAUGGUGGUGCUGAAGAAGAUUGCGGCGAAGAAAAUGGCGGUUAUACAAACGGCGGUUACGAAAAUGGUGGUUACGAGAAUGGAGGUCAGGAAAGCUCCAACGGAUACGAAGGAAUGGACGACGGUGGUCAUGAUGAUGGCGGUUAUGGUAAUGGAAAUGGGGAAGACCAGGAGGGAAAAGAUGACUAUUGCUAA